AUAUUACAUGGACUGCCAACUCUACGCACUAAGCCUAUAUUUUUCAAUAAACAAGUCCCGUUCACGGAGGCGUCCUUGGUUGCGUGGUAAAUUGACUUCCGGUAGAUUUUUUUUUACUAUAUAAAGAAACCAUUCCCGAAGAUUUUAUACCACCACUUUUACAGCAAAUCAUGAAUGGAAACUGAAUUGUUAUAGAAGAUGUUACAGAUUUAAGUGUGCACAAAUCAAUUUGUGACUUAAUUCUAUAACUGUAAAGCUUUAUAACUGAUUUUCUUAGCCAAUAUAGACUAAUUAGCCAAGCCUGUAUUUCGUGUAUUUUCUUGUUUACGACAUUUAUUGAACUGAGGUUCUUGUGAGAGCUUUAGUUAGAGCAUAGCCUAUAUAUAUAUACAUGGACUGCCAACUUUGCGCACUAAGGCUGUAUUUUUCAUUUGAACAAGUCCUGUUCACCGAGGCGUCCUUGGUUGCAGUGUAAAGUGACUUCCGGAGGAUUUUUUUACGAUGAAAGGAAACCAUCGCUGAACAUUUUAACCACCAUAUUCAAAAGAAAUCAUGAAUGAAAUCGCUACCAUAAUAGAAGAUGUUGCAGAGGAGCAGAUCUCAGUAAUAAACUUGGAGCAUGAAUCGCAUCAAGCCAAAGGCAUUCAAAGUUUACCACAAGUAAACCUGCACAUCGUCAAGGAUGUGUGUACUAAGUUGGAUAAAGAAAUCAGUUUUCCUGUGCAGUUUAAGCAUGAAUUGCAAAAUAUUGAUUAUGACAAGCUUGCUGAUAGUUUAAUGUUUUUGAAUGGUUGCCUGGUCACCAAGAGCAGAUUUGUAUCCAGUUGUACUGAAAGAGCAUGGAAAAAUUAUUACCGAUCGUAUAUAAUAAACAUGGGCCUUGUAAAGGAGGUUGUAAAAUGUCAGCAGCUAUCAGCGUGGAUAUCACUCAAAGUUUUUGAACAUCUAAUAAUAUUGGCUUAUGGGAACAAAAUGGAGAAAAAUGUUACCAGAAUCAACACACUCAAAGAUCAAGAAAAAAGUACAAUUAAUUAUAUUGGCGGAUGCAUUGUUAAAAAAAUUAAGAGAAAAGUUAUGAGAUCUGCCAAAACUGAGACAUGUGAUAAAAAAUUGUAUUGUCUCAGCCUAUUGGUUUGUCAAAGUCAAGAAGAAACUGUAGAAAAUCAAAUGACAUUUCUUCUGGAUAGAGGAGGCUUGACAUAUAUUAAGUCAAAAGUAGCUAAUUUACUUUAUGAAGCUGAAACCACAUUUCAAGACAUGGUAGGAGCUAAAGACCAAUUAAAACUGAGGAAUAUUAGUGUUUCUGAUUUUUUACAAAAAUGUUUGGAUAACCAAUUGAUUACAUCAGCUUUUUAUGGCUUAAUUAAUGAUGGUAAUAAAAUAGUUAAUGAUGAAAUAAUGGGGGAAAUUUUGGACACUAUUAUAAUUUUGUUUUUUAAAAUAAGAAUGCAUCACAAAUUAAAAGUUUUAAUGGACAGCAUUAGAAAACAAGAAAAUAAAUCAAGAAAAGAAAAAAGCCUCAGAAAGAAACUGAAAUCAUCUCAUCCAACAGAAACCAAUAAUAUUGAAACAGAAACCAAUAAGAUUUGAACAGAAACCAUUACUAUUUGUCAAGACUCAUUUUCUCUCUAAUAUACGUAUGUGUAUUACUAAAUGUACCCAAGUCCUGGGCAAUACCAUAACGACACAUACAACGACAGAAUAAAGAUUCAGAAUGCCAAUUCACAGACAUAUAACAUGUUUAUUACAUUAUCUGUACUAUAAUACAGAAUCAGUUCAGACAUUUGAAAUAUCCAGUAUUGAUUAAAAUUAUAACAGCUUAAUAUUCCAUAGACUGAAUAGUGACAACACAGAAAAAUAAUUAGAGUCUACACUUCAACUCUAUCUAUAUCCAAAAGUCCAACUGUCCUGGACUAGGAACACAACCACACUACUUUAUUAUGAGUUACAUUAUAUUCAACAAAAAUAUUUCACCAAGUAAAACAAUACAAAACAAAAACAGUUUUGAAGUCAACAACCUGAAUUGCCCCCUUCUCCUCUACAGUAAACAGGAGACCCAGGCUGACCAGAACUCAGUCCUGACACAUAUUAAAUCAAGCAUUUGCAGAAAGUUUAAUGUAAUUUAAAUGAGCUAAAAUUUAGUUUAUAUAGGAUGUUAAUGAAAAUAUUUUGAUUUUAUGUUUAAAAAACAAUUGUUCAUCUUCAUUGUUUUCUAUUUAUAUUUGUAUUAUUGUUUAUAUUAGUAAUACUGUGUUAUACAUAAAGAUUGAAUGAUUAUUUUUGUGGAAAAUAAAGCUUCAACUAAUUAAUGUGUUUUAGCAAAAAAUUAUGAGAACACAGAAAUUCUAAUUUUUUUUUAUAAUACUGAAUUGAAUUUUUGUUUGUGAAAGGCUAAAAACAGUGUAAUAAAUUGAUAAUAAAUUGAGACAUUGUUAACAUCUUUAUUGUUUUUGAAAGUAUGCAAGUUUCAAUGGAAAAAUUACAUUGACAUAGACAUGAAUGUGUAGAACAAUUGAGUUAGUGUUCCAAUGUAUCACUUAAUGAAAUGAAUGAAAGAGAAAUUAGAAGUUAUAGUCCAACAUUAAGUUAUAAAUUGAUAACAUUUAAUUAAACAUGAUUAGAGUUAAAAUUAUUAAAAAAAAGUAAUAAGCCUAUAUCAUAUUAUUGUAUUAUGAUAUAACAUACAUUACACAUAAAUGACAUUUACAUAUAUCAUAUAUUUGAAUUACAUAUUAAUGAGAUUUA